GGUUUCCCUAUUUCAGUGCUAGUUUUGUUGUGCAAGCCGGUUUUCUAUUGCUGAUUUUCUAUUGAGCAACACAAUCCCUAGGAUGUGUGCAAUUUCUUAAAUCAAGCAAAAAGAUCCUCUCAAAGGGCGUCAAGAAGUAGUUGCUUUGCUAGAAAAGAUGCUACAGUGGAGAAUUUCCUGUCUCUGUCGUAGUGUCAUGCCAGCCUCGUAGAAUUAUCUUUCUUUUUAGAAAAUAAGCCUAGUAGAAUUAUUUGGUCAUAUAAUAGUAGGCAGGCAACAUAUGUAUGUGACCAUUUCACCCUUGCAUGUUUGGUUCUCAUGUCCCAACCCCACAAACGGCCACAAACCAAAGAAAUAGCAGGUAAGGAGAGGGUUCAAUUGGAUAGUUUGGAAGCUCGAAUCAACAAAAUAAAGAGUACAAGUGCCUGUUCAGACAGGGGCGGAUCCAGGCUCAUACUAGGGAUGUUGAGCCUCUUGUUAUUGGACAAGUUCAUGUUUUGUGAGUUAAAAUGAUGCAUUUUUUCUAAAUUUCCCUCUUUCUUCCUCGUGGGCUUCCUGGGCUGGGCCCGUGUUGCAACCUCGCAGCAUGGGCCUUGGAUCCGCAGAAUUUCUCUUUCGCGCUCACGCGCGCGCAGGCAAAGUAACGAAUGACCCUGUCCAACCGGCCCAUGGACUGUGCUUGAUCAGCCACGCGCAGGCGCUACUGGGCCAGAUGGAGGUGCGUGCUACUGGGCCGCGCGCAGGCGAGAGCGUUGAGGCCGACUGGGCCGCUUUGGUUCGGGCCGGUUUUUAAGUUUUUGGGCUUUCUUAUCUAAUUUUUUUUAACAAAACUAUGUGUUUAUACUUUGGGCUGAAAAUUUUGUUCAAGUUUGUGUUGAAAAAUUUGUCUGUAUCUUUUUUUGGUUUUUUUUUUCAAACUUUUUCUUAGUAAUUUUUUAUAAUUUUUCUUGAGAUUUUUUCUCGGUACCUUUUUCUCAUUCUCAAAAUUUUCUCUUACUAACUUUUCCUCGGAACUUUUUCUCAUUCUCAAAACUUUUUCUCAAUAACUUUUGUUUAAAACUUUUCUCGAUAACUUUUUCUUAUUCUCAAAUUUUUUUCUAGAUAACUUUUCCUAACUCAUUAAAAAUACAACUGGAUCUUGCUACAUACCUAAAUAUUAUGGCUAAUUUUUCUAACUCAUUAAAAAUCAAAAAUAAAAAUACUCAUACCUAAAGUUCCUAUAUUGUAGACUUCUAAAUUUAUUCCUAUAGUUCAUUAGAAUCAACUUUGAAGAUUUGCCUAUGUCUCUAUAGGGAUAAGAUCAACUUUGAUUUUUCAGGUAACAUUUUAAGUUAAAAUGCUAAAUAUAGGAUUAACCUUAGGGAUUUUAACUUACUUGAGCUCAAGAGGCUCCUGCUAGAAGCUUGCUUGCUGUUGGGGAAAAAUCCAGAGUUCACUUGCCCUAAAAAAUGAAGAAAAGACAAAUGAGCAAAUGGAGAAGAAAGAAGGAAUUUUGUUUGGAUAGCUAGAGAGAGCUCAUCUAGAUCUCCUUCUUGAUCAAAAUUGAGCUUAAGUGGUGGGACAAUCAAUGCGGGAGAAGGGAUAAAGUGGUUGCUGAUCUUGGAGAUUUUGUAAGGGAGAGAGUUUUGAAAUAGCUUUGUUAGCUCGAGGUAGAAGAAGGUGGGGGAAGAGAAGGACAUCACUGCCGGCUCAUAUAAUCCGUUGGCAGUGAUGUACAUGUAUCACUGACGAUCAGUGAAUUAAGCUGGCAGUGAUGAGGGUGCUGAGUAUCACUGCCGACUCAAUAUAUCAGCCGGCAGUUAUGAUCCUAUCACUACUGGUUCAUAAGCCACGAUAGCUUAUUAUUCUCGUGCGGCUUAUAAACCGAUAGUGAUAAGCUAACAUAUAAAUCAAAUUUUGUAGUAGUGACGGUUUGUCUCCAACCAAACACCCUACCACAUAACUAGAAAAAGCAACUCAUGCCACGUAGAUAAAGUGUAAGAUACGAAGUAGUCUGACCUCUAAAAUGAUGUGAGAACAUUAGUAAUAACACCCGUACGUGCUCAAUAAAUUUUUUCAUGAUUUUUUAGAAAGAAAAUUUUCAUGAUAUUGUCUACCAGAAUAGUACCAUGUUUUAUAAGGUACCAAAAAGAAAUUAGCAGUUAUACAAUCGUAUUUUUGAAGACCAUGCAUAUGGACAUGUAACUGUCAAGAGUGAGCAUUUCUACUUAGCCUAGUACUUAGCUCGAUUUAAGAAGAAAAAUGAAGUACUACAUGCGUUCUCAAAUAGACCUCAAUUUAAAAAGAAAAAUGAAGUACUACAUCGGCUCUCACAUAUACGUUGUUUAAGGAUACGUGUACUCAAAUUUUAUAAACUUGGAUCACUAAUAGACAUAAAAAUAAGAAGAUCUAUCACAUGAAAAUGGUAUUAGUAGAUUUGUUGUAAAAAUUACUUUCAAAUGGUUAUGUUUUCUCAAAUAGUAUAGCCAAACUUUAUAAACUUUAACAAUUAAUAUACAUAAAAGUAAGAAAACUUAUCAUAUGAAAAUGGUACUAAUAGAUUUAUCAUGAAAAAUACUUUCAAAUAGUUAUGUUUUUGAUAAAUUUCAAUGACAAGCGCUAAGAAAAAACAGUGCAUGAGAGAUCGUGUCAAUAUGCUAAACGAUAAGUAAAAAAGAACAAGGGUAGUAGCUAGAUUUAAUUAACCAUCUUAGGGGUAGCUAUUAGCACAUAAUUAAUCGUUGGCAUCAUCGUAAUUGUACUGGAAUCACGGAAUGAAGCCUACCCUAAGUUAAAAUCCAUUCACCCGUUCCGUUCCGUUCCACCGGCUGAAAGGACACGUAAGACAGACAAGAUAACGCGUCGCAUUUGCAUUCACAAGUUCAUGGUCAAAAGACCUCAAAAAAGAAGUUCAUGGUCAAACGGAUGUGAAACCUAACCUCACCUGGUCAAAGCCAAUUGCCCUUCAAAUUCCUUCUUCUCUUUGAGUAGUGGAAAUAGAGAAAGAAAUAAAAUUUUGUUUGAUGGAACAAAAAGGAAUUCCUUCUUCUUUGUUCACGGCAUGAAAAGUUAAGCUCGUGAAUAUAUAUUUCCCAAGACUUCAUCUGUUUGAUUAUUCUAUUUUACCAAUUUAGUUGUUUUUCCAUGAAGUAGUUAAAUUCUAGGCCAAGGUAGCAGGCAAACAAAUUCUUCUUUUUUAACGUACAACAAGUUGUCUACAGAAAAUUGAAGGAAAGCACAACUAGGAACAGAGUUUGCAAAUGCAGAUUCCUUACUGCCUUAGAUGAAACUAGGCAUGUCUUACUUUAACUUUCAACAUGAAGCCUGUCAAAUGGCAAAACCGUCUGCUGCUUGUGUUUGUUCAACUUGGUGAAGUGGCUUGCUCCUAGCCCAGUCGCGUGGACGAUCCUGCUCACCUUUUUUGCAACAAGAAUAUAGAUUAAAUAGUUUUUUAUUUAUUUAUAGUCCAAUGUCGCCAAUAUUAAAUUUGGAUAGAAAAAUCUGAGCGUACACACUCACAAUCUCAAGAAAUUUCGCAUAAACAUACGCAGAGUGAACAUAGAAGGUGGUACGUACCCAGACACUUUGAGAGGUAUGCAUGGGCUUGACACGUGUUGAGAUGUCAUUGGGUAAUGACAGUGGCACUGGGAAAUUUCUCCCCUAUCUUCAGUUAGCACUGAAAUGCUAACUGAUGCCGCUUCAGCAUCACAUCAUCACUCUGAAAGAAGUAUAGCCACUGAAGGGAAGCUUCCGUUAAAUUCGCCGGCUUAUAAUCAACUCGUUUUCAGUGAUAACAUACGUCCUGCCGCCUCAAUUUCUUUCAACAAAACAUAUAUUCAGCACGGCACCAACAAAAUUUGCAUGUUCCGUUCAGGGUUCACCAACCGAAACUCACGAACCCAUCUUGUGAAAUCACUUCAGGUCCCCAUCAGUACUCCUGUCCUUCCAGGAAAGGCAACUUAUAAGAAAUAUAGACAUAUUAUUUAUCUCAUUCGUUAUUUCUUUAUCCGGUAUAUAUCUAUCAAUCCAGUAAUUAUCUCAUAUAUUUUUUAUUUUUUUUAACAUAUCUUUUUAAUACAAAUUUUAAUAUAAAUAAACAGUUUUACCAAGUUUUCGUAAAAUUUUCGGUUGGCCGUCCUUCACCCUCUACAAAUAACUACCGCUCGUCCCCGCCCUCACCGGCCACACCACUAGCAUCUCUCCUCCCCAUCCCAGAGGCCGUAAACCCUAGCACGCUAUCGCUAUUCCCCACUCCGGCGAAGGCGCCGAGCCCUCCUUCCACACUUCAAGAUCCUCCCCGACCGACCACCAUGGUGAGCGCAACUUUCGCCGUCCCCUUCGUCGCCCUGUGCACGUCAAUCAUCGCCGUCCAAGUUCCAUACUUCCUCGACCAGCAGGGUACCACAUCCAGAUCCACAUCCUCUCAAGCUUCCCCGCUCGACGGUGCUGUGCUACAGGUCUUGCUACCCUUAGCCACGACAGGGGUCCUCUUCACCGCUGUGGCGUACGUCUACAGCCACCUGCACCAUGCCGCCGCCGCUGCGGCCGGCGCGGGCGCCGGGAACAGGCGCCUCUGGGAGGUCGUCACCUUUAUCUUCUGCCCGUUGAUCGGACGCCUCGGGUUCUUUUUGUUCUUCCAGCAGCCUGCAGGCGGCGUGGACGGUGGCGCCCAAGCUCGGGCGCUCGGUGCGGGGGCUGUCCAUGUCUUGCCUGCUGCUGCGACGGUGACUUUCUUUCUGGGCAUGGCGCUCGUCUUUGUGCACGUCUGCGCCGGCGGCGAAGGUGGCGGGGGUGCCGUCGCAGGCGACGAACCAAUCCAGGCGGUCGUGGGGAUCCUAACCGAGAUGGCGCUUGGAGCAGCAGCAGCACUCAUCAUCUUGAUGACCAUGGCCGUCUACGCCUGUUAGAAGUAUCCUUGUCGUAGGCUUGUGGUAGAGCCAAGUUGUUCCGUUUGUAGCUCGGGUUUUAGCUCAGGUUCAGAGUCUGUCUUCUUCAGUUAGUGUCAGAGUUCCUGGAGGCCGGGCGCCCAGGAGCCAGGAUGGUGCACCGGCCCCUUGCCGGCGUUGAUUCGCGGCUGCAUGCUGCUUCUUCGACUUCGACAUUUCUCCUAGAAUUGUCAUUGGUUGGCGUGAUUAUCGACAUACUCGGUUGGCGAUCAGCCAAUCGCGCAAGCCUUUUAUAUAUGACACACCGAUGCGUUGUACAAUUGAUUUGUUCCCUUUUUGCAAUGUUCAGUUCAUUUGGUUGC